CGCAGCCGCCGCCGUCCGUGCCCGGAGCCGCCGCCGCGCGCGGCCUCCUGCCGGUGAGCUGUGGCGCACCAGACCUCGAGUUUUAAUGGUUUUAUGUAGUUUUUCUUAAAAGAUGAAUGGAUGGAUGAAUGAAGAAGGAUUUUAACGAAGGAAGGGGGAGGGAAAAAUGGAGCUGUUUGGAACAAACUGAAGUUUCCCUCAACACCGCCCGGGCCAUGGGUGAGACAGAGCUGCUCAGCACCACUUCCACCCUUUGGUGUCUGCUGGGGUUGUAAAGCCGCUCCCUGAACACCCCCUUCCCGUUCACCUGCUGGGAAAUGGUUGCUGCAGAGAUUUAAUGAAAUUCCUGUCGCUCCCCAACCGCCAAGUGGAUAUUGAGCCCAUGGAAGGGCCUGGGGGGUCAGGAGAAAGGAGCAAGUAGGAAAACCCACAAUCUGCCAGACCUUCCCCUCUGCCCCCCUCGAAAGAAAGGAUUUACAGCUCAACCUUGCACCAGCUGUUCCUCGGCUUUAACAGACCAAGAGAGAAAUAAAUAAAAUUAAACGGCCACCGCCAGCCAGUCCCAGAUCCCGGUGAAAUCAGGGAGAGUGUUUCAGUGACCCCUCCAGCAAGGGGAGGAGGAGGAGGCACAGCAGCUCUGUGAGGAAGCUGGGAUUGCUUAGAGACCACCCCCUCCUCCCGUGCGGCACCAGGGGCUGCGGCACAGCAGAGGCGGAUUAAAAAGGAGAAGUGGCUUCCCUGAGGCUCCCGGAGUGGCUUUUUUGCAAGGAGUUUGCUGAUCCUUUGCUCUUCUUGGGGUGCUGGCUGGGUGGGAAGCACCCUACCCGAGCCUGGGGAAUUCCCUGCCUUCAGAGCCUGCCUGUUGGAGUCCUGCUCCCUGUGGGCUGCUGUCUGGACUGAAGCUUUGAAGGGCUCUCAGCAUUCCCACUCCAACAGUUGUUCUAAACCCAAAUCCCCUUCUCUGUUGUGAAUUUUUAAUGUUUUUAACCCUCCUUCCCUGCUCCCGUGAGCUCUCACGGGGCAGAGCUUAGAGCAGGCUCUUCUCCUGGGCCUCCUGCUCCAGACCCUUCUCCGGACUGUCCACCCCAGUCGGAGCUCGUCCCAGGAGCAGGCGUGGGGGCAGGGUAGGGGUCAACCCCUGUCCCCCUCCCCUUCUCGUCCUGCUCUGAGUCCCCUGGGGCCUGGGCUAUGCUGCGGGGCAGACCCCCCACCACAGCUCCAACAUGCCAUCAGCCUCUGGAAAGAGAUUCAAACCCAGCAAGUACGUCCCGGUCUCCGCUGCUGCCAUCUUCCUAGUGGGAGCCACCACCCUCUUCUUCGCCUUCACGUGCCCAGGGCUCAGUCUCUACGUGUCCCCAGUCAUCCCUGCCUACAAUGCCAUCGUCUUCCUCUUUGUGCUGGCCAACUUCAGCAUGGCCACCUUCAUGGACCCGGGCAUAUUCCCGCGAGCUGAGGAGGACGAGGACAAGGAGGACGAUUUCCGGGCUCCUCUGUACAAGACGGUGGAGAUCAAGGGCAUCCAGGUGCGCAUGAAGUGGUGCGCGACCUGCCGCUUCUACCGCCCGCCGCGCUGUUCCCACUGCAGCGUCUGCGACAACUGCGUGGAGGAGUUCGACCACCACUGCCCCUGGGUCAACAACUGCAUCGGGCGGCGCAACUACCGCUACUUCUUCCUCUUCCUGCUGUCGCUCACCACGCACAUCAUGGGCGUCUUCGGCUUCGGGCUGCUCUACGUCCUGUACCAGGUGGAGGAGCUCUCCGGUGUCCGCAUGGCCGUCACGAUGGUUGUGAUGUGCGUGGCUGGGCUCUUCUUCAUUCCCGUCGCGGGCCUGACGGGCUUCCAUGUGGUGCUCGUGGCCAGGGGCCGCACUACCAAUGAACAGGUGACGGGCAAGUUCCGCGGGGGCGUUAACCCCUUCACCAACGGUUGCUGUAGGAAUGUCAGCCGGGUCCUCUGCAGCUCCCCAGCCCCCAGGUACCUCGGGCGCCCGAAGGCCGAGCAGACGGUGCUGGUGAGACCCCCGUUCCUGCGGCCCGAGGUGUCGGACGGUCAGAUCACUGUCAAGAUUAUGGACAAUGGUAUCCAGACAGAGCUGAAAAGGACAAAGUCCAAGGGGAGCCUGGAGGUGACGGAGAGCCAGUCUGCUGACGCCGAGCCGCCACCCCCACCUAAGCCCGACCUCAGCCGCUACACGGGCCUGAGGACACACUUAACCCUGGCUACCACUGAGGACAGCAGCUUGCUAGGCAAGGACAGCCCCCCAACUCCCACCAUGUACAAGUACCGGCCCGGUUACAGCAGCAGCAGCAGCUCGGCGGCCCUGCCCCACUCCACCAGCGCCAAGCUGAGCCGAGUGAACAGCCUGAAGGAGCCCAACUCCAUCUGUGACAGCGGCCACAAGCCCAGCUACCGCUCAGAGCCGAGCCUGGAACCCGAGAGCUUCCGCUCACCCACCUUCGGCAAGAGCUUCCACUUUGACCCUCUCUCCAGUGGCUCCCGCUCCUCCAGCCUCAAGUCAGCCCAGGGCACGGGCUUUGAGACAGGCCACCUGCAGUCCAUCCGCUCGGAGGGCACCACCUCCACCUCCUACAAGAGCCUGGUGAACCAGACGCGCAACGGCAGCCUCUCGUAUGACAGCCUGCUCACGCCCUCCGACAGCCCCGACUUCGAGUCGGUGCAGGCGGGCCCGGAGCCCGAGCCGCCGGUGGGCUACACCUCGCCCUUCCUGUCGGCCCGCAUCGCCCAGCAGCGAGAGACCGACCUGCACGGCCGCUUCGCCAGCGCUGCGUCCCCCAAGCACGCGGCACCGCGCGAGCCCUCGCCCGUGCGCUAUGACAAUCUCUCCCGCCACAUCGUGGCCUCCAUCCAGGAGCGGGAGAAGCUGCUGCAGCAGCCGACGGCCCCGGGCCGGGAGGAGGACGCGGGGCUGGCGGACUCGGGCAUCCAGUCAACGCCGGGCUCCAGCAAUGCCCCCCGCACCAGCUCCUCCUCGGACGAUUCAAAGCGCUCACCCCUGGGCAAGAACCCGCUCACCCGCCCGGCCCUGCCCCGCUUCGGCAAGCCCGAGCCCCCCCCAGCGCUGCGGGUGCGCUCGCUGGGCUCCCCUGACCAGCCCGCCGCCCCCCACCUGGGCAAAUCCGUGUCUUACAGCAGCCAAAAAACAGCCUCUCAGGCCGGCGGCCCCGAGGUCGAGGAGGUGGCCUUGCAGCCCUUACUGGCACCAAAGGACGAGGUGCAGAUGAGAACAGCCUACAGCAAGUCCAACGGGCAGCCCAAGAGCCUGGGCUCAGCCCCACCGGGCCCGGGGUCGGUGCCCCUCAGCAGCCCCACCCGCGGAGGUGUCAAGAAGGUCUCGGGUGUGGGGGGCACCACCUAUGAGAUCUCGGUAUGAGGGGCAGAGCUGCCGCCCCCUCCCCUCCUCCCCGGCGGCCCCCAGGGACCGCCUCUGCCAGACGCUUGUGGACUCCCGGGAGAGCCAGGCGGGCCCCCCCGCCCUCCCUGUGCCCCCCAGGCAUCGGGGGGCUGGCACGCACCCGUGGGGGGCUCGGGGAGGGCUGGGAGGGGGAGCCUGCAGCCCCGGCACCGCCUCGGCUGCGCCAGCCACUUGUGGGCCUUGUGCAAUCACCCGCUCGCCUGGCGUGGUAGGAACGGAUUGUUUUUAAACCAGAAUACUUUUUUUUAUUAUUAUUGUUACGGAUUCUAUUUUUUUUCUCUUUCCGAGUUACCAGGUGUGUGUAUAU